UGAUUUAAAUACGUUGUUAAACCCUAGCUUCGCGAUUACUUGUCUCCCGCCAUUUCCGUUCUAGGGUUUUUCGUCUGAUUUUCAGGUUUGAGUGUUUAGCAACGAUGUAUCUUCAGUUUUACAUAAACGACAAUGGCGACAAAGUCUACACCACAAAGAAAGAAUCGCCUCUAGGUUUGGUCACACAAUCUGCUCAUCCAGCCCGUUUCUCCCCUGAUGACAAAUACUCGAGGCAGAGAGUUCUUCUUAAGAAGCGAUUUGGCUUGCUACCCACGCAGCAUCCACCUCCAAAGUACUAAGCCGAGUGCGUUAUCAAAUCAGUUGAUUCUUCUGUUUAGUCACCCCCCCAAAUAGUAGAUCGUGACUUGAUGAAAGUUUGAUCUGUGGCUUGUAAUCGAGCUGUAAAGCACAAACCAAUGUUGAACCUUUCUUUAAGCUUGGCUUUAUAUUGGCAUCGAACUUUAUUUUACCGAAAGCAAACUUAUCUACUUUGAAGAACUGGCUAAUGCAAGAUGAUGGACCUUUCUUUCAUACUUUUUUCCCCACUUUUGUACAACAUUGCAGUUGUCAAGCACCAAUGUCAGCUGAGCCUUUCUAAAGUUGUCCUUGUAUGUGUAUUUAACCUGAUUUGCUAACAAUCAAUUGAGCCUAAGCCAUAAGGUGGGAGUCCCCAAUUCCUUCGGUUGGUUUUGAAGUUCAAGUUCCCUCUCUGUCCUGGUUUGCUGUCAGACAUAUGCACCUGAAAUUGGACGAUUACAUCUUGGGAAUUCAUCUUGUGCACAGCUAAGAAGGUACGCAAGGUUCAUUUUGUGAUCCAGUGGUUGGCUGAACUACAAUUAGAUUAACAGGGUUAUGUGCUUCUCUUGGCCAGUGAAUAUGCCUUUUAUUUCAGGAUAUUAGAAUUUGAACCUUGAAAAUGGGUUAGGACCUGAGAGUUUGGGCCCAAGUGGCCAUAUAAUUUUGCUCAAGUGUAGCCAAGUGGUUUGGUAUGCAAACUCUUCAGCCCCACCCAAGAAAUAAUGAACUGAAACAGAUAUAUCAUCAUCAUCAAGUAUUUUGAA